CCUCAAAUGUAAUUUAAAUUGAAAUAAAUAACUCAAAUGCUAGGCCAAGUCAGUUGACUAUGGGGCAUAUGUUAAGGACUUGAACUUGAAAACCCUAAAUCACCCUAACUUGUCUUUAAUCAUCGAACAUUUAAUUUUCUGUAACUUUCAUCCCUUCAGAAUAUUUACGCUAAAAUGGCAUUUGUCUUUUGUAUAGAAUUUAUGUAUUGUUUUGGAUAGAGCUGAGCAAUAAACUCAAGGAAGUAGUAAUACAAAGCAUAAUUGAGCAUGGCUAUGUUAAGCUUUCUUCAUCAAGUGUGGAAUGGUUCAGUAAGACCAACUUCCUUGAUUCAAGCUGAAGCUACACGUCGACUACUGUCCUUGGAACUGAGCAAACUACGGGAUGUUGAACAAGCCCACACAUCAAGUGUAAACUCCAUAGAUAUUGAAAAUAUUGAAAACAGAUACUUGUUGUCAGGAGGAGCAGAUGGAACUAUCUGUAUACAUGAGUUAGAUAAUUACAGUGGAACACCCCAAUAUACAUGCAAGGUUAUUUGUAAAGUCAGUAGGAGAUCAAGACAUGCACACAAAUUUAGUGUAGAAAGUGUACAGUGGUACCCUUUUGACACAGGAUUAUUCACGUCAGGAAGUAUGGACUGCCAGCUGAAAGUGUGGGACACAAACACACUCAAGCCUGCUGAGGUUUUUACCAUGCCAGGAAAAAUUUAUUCCCAUUCUUUAUCAUCUGUUGCUACCCAUCAUUCACUGAUAGCUGUGGCCACAUCUCAUUCCAGAGUGACACUUGUAGACAUGAGAACCGGAGGGUGCUCACAUGAACUUCGUGGCCACAAAAGUAGUGUUUUAUCAAUCCAGUGGUCACCUGUGGCUGAAACAUUGCUGGCAACGGGAAGCAAAGAUAAUCGUCUUCUUCUAUGGGACAUUCGAUCAGCAAAGGGACACCUGUGUGCUUUUGACCAACACAAUGGAGAGGCUGUUGCUGCAGGCUACAGUGGAAAGACUGCACAUGAUGGAACUGUGAGUGGAUUAAGUUUUACUCAAGAUGGCUUGUUUCUGGUGUCUUGUGGUACUGAUGACCGAGUACGGCUCUGGGAUGUUGCUUUGGGCCGAAAUAGUCUAGUCAAUUUUGGAAAGGUAGUGAAUGACAGCUGUAAAACAGUGAAAAUGGCUGUAACUCAAAGCUGUGAUCCUCCACUUGUGUUUGUACCAUCAGAAGGGAGGGUCUUAGUGUACAGUUUAGUUACUGGAGAACUUUUUGAUACCUUAAUAGGACAUUUCAAUCUUGUGAACUGCUGUGCACUACGUCAGCCUCACCAUGAACUUUACAGUGGUGGCAAUGACAGAAACAUCCUUAUCUGGAUACCAGAUUCUGAUCAGGAAGUUUGUUAUGAGGAUUAUACUAGGACUGCUAUGAAAAGUAAAGAAGCCACUUCCAAACAUACAAAUAAUCUUCGGGUUGAUAAUUGGAGUAGUGAUGAAGAUUAGAAAUGAAGAAAAGAAAAAAUCAAACAAUUACUGGCAUAUUCCAAUUGUGUUGUAAAUCUAAACGUAAACUAGUUGUAUGAUUAGAUAAUAGAGAAUGAUGAACCAAGUGUUUGGAAUAAAAUGUUGAUUCUGAUAACGUAA